AUGGCCGGCGCCGCCGAUAUUUUUGGAUAUGUCACAGGGGCCGUCUCAUUUGUCGUCCUGAUGAUUACUGGGUCUCGGACCCUUCUGCCGAGCGUGAAGAUCAAGCAACUAGAUGAAAUCUUGGACGACACCGAGAAGACCUUGCGCAGCGUAGUCGAGGACGGCUUUAUCAAUGACCAGAGAGUGGUCAGAAUGAUGUACCAGUCUCUGACUUCUAUCCAGAAACGGUCCAGACAUCUUCGCGCCCGAACGAAGUGCGCCACUUCGCUCUGGAAGGAAUGGCAUGAGUUUUUCCAAGGGCUCUCGAGAACAAUCGUUGGAUGUAUAGAAGAAGCGAAGGAUUUGAGGGCUUUGGUUAUCUCUACCAGCGAAGAGGAGCGACGUCGUCUAGAGCGCCAGGGUGGCGCUGAAGUAAUAUUUGUCGCAUUACGAUCUCAGCUAGAAAACAUUAGCGAGGAACAAGCCGCUAGACAGCCCACAUACCGUGACCUUACGCCCUCCACUAUCGAUCAAGUCAGUAUGGACUAUGUCUGGGUAUCAAGUACCCUUCCCAGCCAUCGAAGCGACCAACCCAAAUACGUGGACCCCUUCGAGCAACCGAUUGAAGUGGACAUCACAGAUCAAGCAACGGAAGGCUUUGCCGUCGACUUCGAUACGCACUAGCAUUGAGAUGCGUCAGGUACAGGGUGAAGGGCAAAGCUCGUACCGUUUAUUCCUGAGAGAUCCUCCA